GAGGCGCUCUUCCAAUCUGACGACCCUAUGCGGCACUCGCUUCGUGGGAAUCUUUGGGGCGUCACCUCCAAGGGCUACACUUGCGGCUUCGUGAUCCAAGGACGCACCCUGGCGGUUCUCAAGGCAGUGGCCCAGAGUUACACCGUGCCGGUGAACUACCUCUUCCUGGCCUUGGUUUCGGUGGCCAAAGCUCGAGCCAGCGCUUGCUCGGAGGUGGACCUGACGAUGUAUGUCCCUAUGCGAGAUGGCCUGGAAGCUGGAAUGGCGGGUCUCUUUGCGGAUUGGCGUGACAUCUGCGUGCCAACGGACCUGGCCGACAGCACGAUUCUGGGCGUUUUGCUGCAAGUCACAGACAUCCUGAGAAUGCGGCGCUGGACUGUCUACGACUCCCGCAGAAAGCCGGAGCAGAUCUUGCUGAACUUCGACUUUAUUGAUGACCGGCGGUAUGCAGCUGGCUUUCGCCAGGUGCCGGAGGCCCUGUGGACGCAGCCCUGGUUCGACUUUUCCA